CUUGUUUUAGAUGAUGAUUCUUAUGCCAUUCAAUAUGUGAAACUAAUAAUCCAAAAUGGAUUGUAUGUAAUAACCGAUAGCGGCAAGGAGAACUUAUUAAGGGAAAUAUAUCGGCUGCAAGGAGAUAGGGAAACAUUGAUAUACAAUGUAAACAUUAAUGAAAAUCAGAACCUUCAAAAUGAACAGUAUACUGACAAAGAAAAUGAAUCUGAUUCUUCAGCACUAUUCGAAGAAAGUAACAGUCCGAAAUAUGCAG